AUGUCUUCCUGGCUCCCUUCCAUCGCAUAUGGUAACCCAGCUGGUGGCUAUUGGGACCCAGUCACCUCCACCAUCAAUUGGUGCGAAGAAGACUACUACGCGACCCCAUAUGCCGCCGAGAUAGUUAAUACCCUCACGAACCUCCUCUUCGUCUUUUUUGCCUAUCGGGGUAUUCAAUCCUGCCGCAACCAUGGCCAUGACACCAUCUUUCUUGUCAGCUUCAUUGGCUAUCUACUCGUCGGGACCGGCAGCUUCCUCUUUCACGCAACGCUCAAAUAUCCCAUGCAGCUCGUCGACGAGCUCUCUAUGAUAUACACCACCUGCCUCAUGUGUUACGCGACCUUCUCAUACUCGCGCUCCCGCCUCUUCUCGCUCUGCUUGGCGCUCUUCCUACUCUCGCUCGCCAUCUUCAUCACGCUCUAUUACCACUACCUUCAAGAUCCCGCCUUCCACCAGAAUGCCUACGCAAUACUCACCGCUGUCGUCCUUACGCGCAGCAUGUAUGUAAUGGAAUUGAACUUGCGGCCGAGGUUGAAGCAGAGUGAGAGCGAGUACAAGUUGUUGCACAAAAGGAGUAUGACAGCCGAUGAAAAGCUAGUCAGUCAAGGGGAGGACAGGAGGGAUAGAAAGAUCCUGGGCACGAUGUGGCUCAUGAUUGGUUUUGGUCUUACGACAUUCCUUGGGGGUUUCUUCAUCUGGAGUUUGGAUAAUGUGUAUUGCUCGAAGCUGCGGGUGUGGCGAAGGCACAUUGGGCUGCCGUGGGGGGUCCUUUUGGAGGGUCAUGGGUGGUGGCAUCUUAUGACCGGCACCGGCGCCUACUUCUACAUCACUUGGGGUAUCUGGCUGAGGCAUUGCUUGAACGGACGGCAGGAUGAGUACGACUUGUCGUGGCCGAGGUUUUGGUCUCUGCCAGAAGUUGUUCAGACGAAGAGCGCGAAUGGUAGCGCUCGACAUGAUCUUUCCAAGAAAAAAACUUGA